UCUGCUAUAUCACCCAGAAUUAGUCAGCUCCUCUGAAGGCGAGCGCCCACUAUCAGGCUCUCCCAGCUCCCUGCUCUCCUGCGAUGCCUCCAGACUUUGACACCAACAUGAGGUUCAAGUUCUCCAUCCUGGCUCUUCUUCUGGAGGCCAUCAUCAUUGUUUUGUAUGGGGUAUUUGUGGAUUAUAAAACARCUCCAGAUGCUAUACACUUAUACCCACUCUUUCAGGAUGUCCACGUGAUGAUAUUUGUUGGAUUUGGUUUCCUGAUGACGUUUCUGAAGAAAUAUGGAUUCAGCAGUGUUGGCUUCAACAUGCUCAUUGCUGCUUUCGGUCUCCAGUGGGGAAUUCUGAUGCAAGGAUUUUGGCACAUGGAAGAAGGGAAAAUUCAUGUUGAUGUSAAAAGCAUGAUAAAUGCAGACUUCAGUACAGCAACUGCUUUGAUUUCAUUUGGAGCACUCCUGGGGAAAACCAGUCCCAUUCAGAUGCUGAUCCUGACUCUUCUGGAGAUCACCAUCUUUGCAUGCAAUGAACAUCUAGUCACUGAAGUAUUUGAGGCCACAGAUGUUGGAGCUUCCAUGACUAUCCAUGCUUUUGGAGCUUAUUUUGGUUUGGCUGCAGCCUUYGUCUUGUACCGUCCUGGUCUGACAAACAAACACGAAAAUGACGAAUCCACCUAUCACUCGGACCUGUUUGCCAUGAUUGGUACCCUGUUCCUUUGGCUUUUUUGGCCCAGUUUCAACUCUGCCAUCGCAGAUGGUGGGGAACACCAGGCCACAGCCAUCAUCAACACCUACUACUCCUUGGCUGCCUGCGCCGUCGUAACRUUCGCCCUCUCCAGCCUGGUGGACAAAAGAGGGAAAUUCAGCAUGGUUCUCAUUCAAAAUGCCACCCUGGCAGGAGGAGUAGCAGUGGGCACCUGUGCUGACCUGGCAAUCCACCCUUUUUCUGCCAUGUUCAUUGGGGUCAUUGCUGGGAUUGUCUCUGUCCUCGGGUUCCAAUUCCUGACUCCUGUGUUGGCAUCCAAGCUGAAAAUUCAAGACACUUGUGGAGUUCAUAAUUUGCAUGGUCUACCUGGCAUUCUGGGAGGUAUUGCUGGCAUCAUAGUAACUGCRGUAAAAAGGGAAAUUAGGAAUGGUCACCCACUUACUCCUGGCAGGCAGGCUGCUGCCCUGGGCAGUACACUUGGAAUUGCACUGGUAGGAGGAGCACUG